AGCUCUUUUGGCGAUUGUUUGGGAAUGUUUUCCUUCCGAGUCUAAAAUUACAGAAUACGCAAAAACGAUUGUUUUCGACAUCCACCAGAGAAAAGAUUCUUCAUAGAUCGACAUCCUCUUGCCGGAAUUAAAUUAUGAAUAAGUUAAAGCUCAACCAAAAGGACAAGGUAAAGAAAUUCAUAUCCCUCACACACACCGGAGAGCAGACGGCCAUUCGGUGCCUGCAGGAAAAUGACUGGAAGCUGGACCUUUCGUGCGACAACUACUUUCAAAAUCCAGACCUGUACUACCGUGAGCUGGACCGGAAGAAGAUAGAGCAACUAUUCAGCGCUUACCGCGAUCCGGCCGACCCGAACAAAAUCAACUCGGAUGGCGUGGAGCGGUUUCUGGAGGAUCUGCAUCUCAGCCCGGAAUCAAAGCUGGUCCUAAUCAUUGCAUGGCGGUUCAAGGCGGAAGCACAGUGCGAGUUUUCGCGCAUGGAGUUUUUGAAUGGGUUUUACGAUCUGGGCGUCGAUAGCUUAGAGAAGCUAAAGGAGAAAUUGCCGCGAUUGGAGCACGAGCUGAAAGAUCCGGGCCGCUUCAAAGAUUUUUAUCAGUUCACGUUCAACUACGCCAAAGAUCCGGGCCAGAAAGGGUUGGACCUCGACAUGGCUAUUGCCUACUGGAACAUCGUACUUAAAGAUCGGUUCAAGUUUCUCGAUCUUUGGUGCAAAUUUCUGGUGGAAAACCAUAAACGAUCAAUACCGAAGGACACGUGGAACCUGCUACUUGAUUUUGCUACCUACAUCGACGACAGUAUGUCAAACUACGAUGCGGAAGGCGCGUGGCCGGUUCUGAUCGAUGAUUUCGUAGAGUGGUGCUUGAAGCAGAACAAAGUGACGCACCCCUCCGUGAUCACUUCGACGACGGGUGGACACGGAUCGAGCACCGGCAGCACAUCGUCCCCCCUGCUGCAUCUACCUUCCACAUCGGCCAUGAUGAGCGGAGUCUCCGGUGCGGCUACGUCGACAACGACGGCCACGAAUCCAUACGGUGGCAGCCGAUCAAGCCCGUACGGGGCCGCCGGCGGUACAGCUAACAUGUUUUAUUAGACCAAGUCAGUCUCUCUUGCUCUUCGUCGCUCCAUUGAACUGUAAUUGUUUUGUGCCGGCGAGAAUCGAAGAAUAGCUUCAUUGAUGUCACAAAGACACCGGACGUCCAGUCAAUUGGUCCUCAGUUAAGUGUUAUACGUUUUUUGGAGAACUGCUCAUUCGAUCAAACUACAAUUUGUCCAGUAAAGUAGGGCGAGUCUAGGUAGUUCAGCCUUUUGUCACUGCGGUUAAGGAACGCUUGAUGGUUUAUCUGUUUUUCCGGUCAGGGCUGGCCGUACCACAUCGGGGCACGUUUUCCGAAACAUCAUGCAUACCAUACUUGGUCUGGUGUGACAUGGGAAGUUCUGCGCCUGCGAAAGGGUCAUAUCCUUGAAGGAUAAAGUAUAAAAGUAGGAAAAAAUGGGAGGUCAUAGUUUUUGUUUUGUUUUCUUACUCCCCCUUACUCAUUUGAAGUUCUUACGAUGAUAUCCAACAUACUUUAGUUGUUUUGCGAUGAGGCGCAAACUAUAAAACAACAAACAAUAGGAGACAAAAGCAGUGCACUUUAAAAAAAAACUGAACCGUUUAAAGAAAGGGAAAAUUAUUUAGGAUGAAGCUUGUGGAGAGUUAGGGAUGCUAGUAAAAGAAUACAUUACAACUUGGAAAACCGAUACAACCAUUGCAAAUACAGUGAAUUACACCUACCAAGGCGAUAGAAUUCGAAUGCAUAUUUUGUGCGAAAGCGUUUCAGUUCGGCAUAGCUGGGAAAUUACCCUUCCCAAACGUCAUCAACAGCUGUUGAUGCAGGCCAAGUGCAUUUUAUUUCCAAAUUGGUUAUCACAUUCUGAUACAAAACCGUCGUCGUACGUGCGAUAAUUAUGCCCUUCCGUCAAAUGCCAUCUAUUGGGAUGUGAUAUAAAAAAUAAAUCUUAU